AUGACACCGCCCUUCAACAACCCCUCCAACCAAGAGACCGCACAAUUUCAAAUCAAUCCAAACCAAACGGCUACAUCUAGAAACAUGGUUUUCCCUGUUGGAACCCGACUUUGGAUUAAGGGUGGUACCUACAAGCAUCAUGUGGCGGAGUACCGGAGACAGUGUGGUACUUACUAUAGUUUGGUUGAGCUGGUGGAAAACAACAGGCUUGUGAAGGUUCGCUUCAACAACAUUCAACUGAUUCUGAUUUCCUCUCGGGAAGCCGCAAUUCGAGGUCGCCAAGUCGCAGCAAGGAUUGCCUACCAGGAAAAUGUGGAUGUUGAUGAAAUCGCGGCUAUGGGUGCCUGGGCUCAAGUUCCUGUAUUGGAUCCAUCCCUCCCUCUCAAUCCAAGCAGGCGCGAACAUGUCAUCCAACGUAUUUUGGGAGAGGAGAUCGAUGAGCACCAGCUGAAGGAAGAAAAGCGAGCCCAUGAAGAGCUCAAGAAUGAUUUUCGUGAAGUGCUUAUGAUGUGUGUCAACGAAAAGGAAGGCAGCGACCCUUAG